AUGCAGGAAUACGAUGACGGUGUGUAUCAAGAGUUCAAGAAGAGAAACCCAGAAAACUGUAGCCGAGCUUUUUUCACGACCACUGCUUGCUGUGAAGAUGCACUCAACAACUUUUCAGAGUCUUACAACAAUGCCAUUGAAAAGGCACGAGCAAUGCCGGUUGUUCAGAGUUUGGAAACCAUGAGGCGACAAGCUAUGUUGAGAAUAGAGCUGAGAAGGAGAAAAACUCGAAAGCAUCAGGGAAGACAUAGUCUAAAGGUUGGACUGGUUCUCGCAGAAGAGGAUAAAGAAGUGAAGAACUGCAGAUCACUCUCUGGUCGUGAUCGUGUUUUUGAAGUGAGAGAGGCGGGUCAAAAUUACACUGUCAAUAUGAAAGAGAAGACAUGUAUAUGCAGGAGAUGGGAUCUAACUGGAAUUCCAUGUCGUCAUGCUCUUCGGGUUGUCUUCGACAAGAAGACUUUCAAGAAAGAGGAUUUGAUUUCGGAUUGGUAUUUAACUACCAAGUGGCAGGAUCAAUACACUGAUUCAAUCGAGCCUGUCAAUGGGAUGAAGUUCUGGAAAGACAGUGGUGAACCAACAAUUAAAGCACCUCCAAGAGAGAUUACUAAGGGUAGGAAAAGAAAACCUGCAAAGAGGCUGAAAUCAAUUACCGAGUCUCCAACAAAAGGUAAAAAGGUAUCAAACCAUGGCCGCACAAUCCAUUGUUACCGUUGCAGCAUGCCAGGACAUAACUCAAGCAAAUGCCCAAAUGCGGGAGUCCCUUUCAAGCCGAGGAAGCCAAAGAAGUCCAAGAAAAGUGCAACAUCAAACCCUGAGGUUAUGACACUCGAUAGUGGAGAAGGUCCAUCUCAAACUCAACCUUCUCAAGUCUUGGAUGAUUGA